CUUGUGAGAGCGCGACACUACAAUUAGUGAGUCAAAAGCAUUGGUUCUCAAAGGACGCAGAUGGUAUGUUCCACUCAGAAUAAAACCAAGCUCUAUGGAAUUCCGGCGUUGUGGGCCGAACACCGACCCGCCACCACCACCUGACAGAAACUGUUAAUAAACGGCUAGAAUGGGUGAAAGAAGUGAACAUCCGAAUAAACGACUCGCUCGACAUCAGCUGAGCCACAGCGGGGAGAAACCCUAUCUGUGCUCAGUCACCGGGUGUUCAGAUGCUUUUUCCACACCUGGCAACUUGAGGAACCAUGUUGCUCAUGCUCACCACCAAAAAGAGAGCCAUUAUGUGUGCAACCAUGAAGGCUGUGGAAAGGAGUUCCAUAAGAAAAGUCAACUGAAGACUCACAUCUGUGAGCACACAAAUGAGUUGCCCUUUGAGUGUGACUUUGAGGGAUGCAAUGACAAGUUUGCUUCUUCUAAAGCUCUCAAACAACAUUUGAAGGUGCAUGAAGGUUAUCCAUGUGAUGAGGAGUAUUGUAACUUCAAAGGGAAAACUUGGUCCGAGUAUCAGAUGCACAAAAAGGCCACACACGGAAUAACCCUGCCAUGUGACCAGUGCAAGAAGAUGUUCCACAAUGCCUGGUUUUUGCAGAAGCACAAACAGUCCGUUCACUCUGGGCAGCGGUGCAAGUUUAAGUGUGCUAGAGAAGGCUGUGAAAAGAGCUACACCACAAACUUCAACCUCCGGAAUCACAUUCUGGUAUUUCAUGAAGGAAAGCGUGACUUUGCUUGCCCUUUUGCAGGCUGUGGUAAAGCUUUUGCUAUGGAGGUUAGUCUGAAGAGGCAUUUUGUGGUCCAUAUGCCUCAGAAGACAAAACUACAGAAGCCAAAAAUCAAGCCGUGCAAACGCAAAAAGUCUUCAUCCAAAACGAAGUUGUCAGAUGCCACUAAAUUAUCCAAGCAUCUACAAAAUGUGUCCUUGAACAAGACCGCAUCAAAGGAGCCAUUGACUUAACUUUAUUUAUUAUUAUGACAAUCCCUUUUGUCCCUGAGUUUCCUCAGUUGAAGUUUUUUCAGUUUAUCAACAUUUUUGAGUUUAGAUCACUUUACAAAAUAAAUGGUCACGUCUGCAACUUGUUUAAUAAAGUGAAUUGGUGUGGAAAAGGAA